CGCGUGCGCCCGGGCGGCGGCGGCGGCGGCAUGUGGGCGGCGGGGGCGCAGCGGCGGGCGGGCCUGGCGCUGGCGGCGGCGGCGGCGGCGGCGGCGGCGGCCGUGCUGGCCCUGGCGGCGUGGCGGCGGCGGCGGCCCCUCCGUGAGGUGCUUUUCUUCCCCUCGCCUCCCAGCUGCACCGAGGCGCUGCUGGCCGAGGCGACGGAGCCCGGCGGGGCGGCCCGGCCCUGCCCCUGCCCGCUGCCCCGCGGUGACUGCUCCCUCAGCCGCCUCCUGCGGCGCCUCCUCUCCGCCCGCCGCUCCCUCGAGAUCUGCCUCUUCGCCUUCUCCAGCCCGCAACUGGGACGCGCCGUCCAGCUCCUCCACCGCCGCGGAGUCCGGGUCCGCGUCGUCACCGACGCGCAGUACAUGGGGCUCCAGGGCUCCCAGAUCGGCCUCCUCCGGCACGCCGGGAUCCAGGUGCGCCAUGACCAGGAGAACGGUUACAUGCACCACAAGUUUGCCAUCGUGGACGGGAGGAUGCUCAUCACAGGCUCCCUCAACUGGACCACCCAAGCUAUCCAGAACAACCGGGAGAACGUGCUGGUCAUGGAGGACGCCGAGUAUGUGAAGCCUUUUCUGGAUGAAUUUGAAAGGAUUUGGGAAGAGUACAACCCCAUCAACUACAGAUUUUUUUCCAAAGGCAAUAAAUGAUUAAGCUGCCUCACAGGGCUGGUGGAGUACUCAGCAGCUAGCAUCUGUGGACUUCAUUAUUAUGUAUAGACAUCAUUGUAUGAUCCAUCUGGGUGUAACUUAGGUAAACUACUCUGGAGGAGCAAAGUGCUCUCUACCCUAAAGUGCCCCAGGUCCCUUGCUGUGGGUCAUUCCCUCUAGCAACUGUUUGGUGAGUUGUUUUCUGAUAGGACAGCAUUCAUAGAGCUUAAAACUACAGGCAGGCUCAUUGCCGUGCCCUGGCGCAGGUGAGGUAUGUUUGCAUGGUGCCGGGUGGGCGUUUUCAAUGGUGAAACGGGCGUUUUCUAGCUUGGCAUACUGAAGAAUGGAAUUGGAGCCCAAAGGAUCCUCUAUAUGAGUAACUCUAAAGAAGAGUUAAGAGGGCUACAGCAAAGCUAGAGGUUGCAUAGAGCAAUUAAGCACCCUAGUUGCGUUUCUUGUUGGCAUUAAUUGUUGCGAGUUUGUAAAUGGGAAUUUGUGGGAAAUAUGAAGGCAGGAAUUAGCAGUACAUUUCAGUUGGACACGUUUCCUUUGGUUUAAGAUUGGCAGAGUUCCAGCGUAAAAGCAUGAGAACACAGUGCUGGCAGCUCGUCUUCCAGCAAGCAAGUGUAGGGAAGUCUGGAAAAGAAUGAGGGAAACUCUUCUUUGAGAUCAGUCGGUCUUGAGAGCAGACAGGGCUGGAGCUGGGUCACUGACUUCAGAGCGGUGGAGGGAAACCCCAGUUCGGUCAGGUGGGGACACCGCGUCCUGCUCUGGCUCGGUGACCUCGACCACCUGUGUUGGUGGCAGCAGGGAGGGGGACAGCGAGUGGGUAGCAAGAGGGAGGUAAGGUCUCUGGCCCUACGGGUCGGGGUGGAACAAAGAGGAGUGUAAACAUAAGAAUUCCAGAACUCUUAAGUAGUGUCUGUGUAAGAAUUACUUUAUGCUGAAUAUAAAGUGCCUCAGAAUCUCUCAAAAUGAAAAAAGGACGUAGCAUUUUGUUACCAGUUUUGCUUGAUGCAGUAGUGCUGAUUGGCACUAUUAAAUAAACGGUUUUCACAGAAAAGCUCACCAGCAUCUUCUGGUGUUUGCACUCCAGGUAGCCCUUGUGGGUUGGUCGUUCCAAAGAUCCAAAUAAUUUAAAAAUCGUGUAGGUCAUUAGGUGUUAUGUAGGAUACAUGGCGUACAUCAACAGAUUGCAGCUUUGCUCUGUUGUUUGAGAAAGCUGGCACGGGUCUGGGGGAAAAAACCUGCGUUUCUGUCAUCUGUGGCGUAGCAGCUCAGAGGCAGCUGAGGAAGUUCAUUACGUAGUAACUCCUGUUCAGCAGUGUUAGACUUAUACUACUUUAAACAUGUUAUUGCUAUUAAAAUGCUACCUGUUGCAUUUUCUUUGUGAAGCGUGACUAUAAAAUCAAACGGCUCACUGGC